AUGGGUUCGAGGCAGGCGACAACGCUCGGCGAGUUCGAGCAGCGGACCGGCGGCAGCAGCGAAAGCCUGUCGUCGUCUCCGCGCGGAAGCGUCCAUUUCGAGGAGGGCCAGAGUCUGCUCGGCGACCGCGAGCCUCGCGAGAGCGACGGAGAGUGGACGGGACGCCUCAGGCGCAGAUCGUCGGUACAGAACAGGCUCGCGGCCAUCACCGAGAUUGGCGGCGUCAACUCGCUGCGGAACUUCUCGCGCAGUUGGCAGCGCGCGGCCGCCUUUGCCGAGAUCAUCCCGCAGCGGCCCUCCUUCGUCUUCGCGCCCGACCAGGAGCCCGUCGAGCCCAUCACGUACGGACGACACGAUGUCGAGGGGGGCGCCCGCACGUCUCUGCUCCAGGGCCAACUGAACACCCACUCCCCCGAGAACGCCAUCCUUGAUGUCGACGAGGACGCGGCGUCCACGGCCGGGCCCCACCGCUCGCUGCUGCACGACAACGAGAGGAAGCGCUCCGACAAUGACCUUCACCGAGCCAUCUCGGCGUCUGGCUCCGUCCGGAGCAACUCGAUCUUCGAGGUUCCGCCGCACCUGUCGGCUAUGCCGCUUGUGGGGAGCUACUCUUCAUACAGAUCGUACGGGUCGGUCCAGUCAGACGUCAGCCGCCCCUCGAUGGCCCACGCAGCCGAUCUGUGGCGGCAACAGCAGCAGUCCGGCGCCGACCUACCGGACGGGGAACGGCCGGCCAUCAUUGUGAAGGAGGUCGAGCAGGAGGACGGCAAGAUUGUCCUGGCUGCCGUUGGCCAGUCCACGCUGCCUCAGACGAUCAUGAACUCCACCAACGUCCUAAUUGGUGUGGGACUGCUUAGUCUGCCGAUUGGAAUCAAGUAUGCCGGCUGGCUGUGUGGUAUGAUCACUCUUCUGGCCGGUGCCGCUGUUACGGCCUGGACCGCCAGGCUUCUGGCCAAGUGCAUGGAUUUGGACCCGUCCGUCAUCACUUUCUCUGACGUCGCCUUCAUUUCGUUCGGGAGAAGGGCUCGGAUCAUCACCAGUAUCCUCUUCACUCUUGAGCUGCUCGCAGCUUGUGUGGCACUCAUAGUGCUGUUUGCGGAUUCCCUGAGCCUAUUGUUCCCCGGCUCUCUGAGCGUUACCCAGUGGAAGAUAGUCUGCACCUUGAUCUUGAUACCCCUUCAGUUUGCCCCCCUGAAGAUUCUGAGCUUUACGAGCUUCAUAGGCAUCGUCUCAGUCAUGAGUAUUGCCUUACUGGUUAUUGUAGAUGGCUUGAUAAAGCCAUUUACCCCUGGAUCUCUUAUUGAGCCAGCAACGACCUACCUAUUCCCCGCAAACUGGCUAACCCUGCCUCUGUCUUUUGGUCUAUUGAUGUCGCCAUGGGGCGGUCACAGUGUCUUCCCUAAUAUAUACCGUGAUAUGAGACACCCGCAUCGAUACAGGGAGGCAGUAACACUCACGUUCAGUUUCACAUAUGUGAUUGAUGCCACCGUUGCCAUUGUUGGAUACGUCAUGUUCGGCGACGGCGUCCGGGACUCGGUCACUUCCAACAUUCUCCGCAUCACCGGCUACCCGGCCAUCUUGAACAUCCUGCUCGUCAUCUUCAUCGCCAUCAUCCCGCUGACCAAGAUCCCGCUGAACGCGCAGCCCAUCAUCAGCACCAUGGAGGUGCUCGCGGGGCUGCGGCAGCAGGUGGUCGCCGAGGACUCGCUCCUCGUCGGGCGCUCCAGCACGUUCCGCGGCCUCAUGAAGAUCUUCAUCCGCAUCAUGACCCUGUUCGUCUUCCUCAUCGUCGCUAUCCUCUUCCCGGCCUUCGACUCCAUCAUGGCCUUCAUGGGCAGCGCGCUCUGCUUCACCAUCUGCAUCACUCUACCUCUCGCCUUCUACCUCAAGCUCUUCAGCCACGAGAUUGACACUAAGGAGCGCAUCCUGCUGUGGUCCGUCAUGACCCUAUCGUUUGUGCUCUCCGUCGUCGGGACCGUGUGGGCCUUCCUGCCCAAGAGCCUGAUCGGCGCCGAGGAAUAA